AUGGGCAUUCUCAAGCAUUAUCCGUCGCAAGACUUGGACAUGUCGACAACCGACUUUACCGAGUCGAGUGGUGGGGAACGCGACGAGAUCUUGGAAGUGCGCAAGCAGUCGCACAGGGAAACGGCGAGGGUCCGCAUGUGGAGGAUCCUCGUUACUUUGGCUCUUUUGGCAACGGCUGUGGCUGUCACCGUUACCACUUACGUCUUGUUGGUCGACCGGGAAGAUCAGAACUUUCGUAACGUGUUCGACCAGUUCUCUCGUACCGUCGGGGACGCAGCUAUUGAGCAGCAAGCUAACUUGAGGGAAGCCUUGCGCAUGAUGGCGGACAGCAUGGCACUCCUAGGGGCGGCUCAUAGCGUCAACGGGACUUCGCCUUGGCCCUACUUUAUCCCGGAGCACUACGAGCAGCUCGCGUUGGACUUUAAGCUCAUUGCUCGUGCCGAGUUCAUUUCCAUGCAAAACUACGUGACCCACGAACAGCGCGACUCCUACAUUGACUUCAUCACUCCAAGGUACCAAGACUUUGUCCAGGACGCACACAUGAUUGCCUACGGGAAUUUGGACAAUCUCAACAAUGACACUUCAAAGUACCAGCCGUACAUCGCUCAAAAGCUCAAGAACGGAUCCUUCGUCCCCGAAGAAGACCACCCGUACUACUUUGCCCGUAAUGUGCAAUCGCCUCCUGCUCGAAAGUACGGCCCCACCAUCAACAACAACCUCUUGGCCAACAAGAUCAUCAGCGAUGGCUUCCAUGCUAUCAUGUCCUUGCAGACCGAGCGAGCCGUCAUGACCAACAUCAAGCCCUUUGCCAACCUCCCAGAAGACGAACACAAAAAGAUGCACUCUUCCCCCGACGGCGCCAAAAAUCCUCACUCCUUCACUUUCUCUCCUGUUCACCGGAUUGCCGGCGACGAGACCUCCGACAUUGUCGCCAUGUUCGCCUUGGCCACCGCCUGGGACGUUUCCAUGCUCAACCUCCUACCUUCCAACGUCAAGGGCAUGAUCACUGUCAUCUCCAACACGUGCAAUCAAACCGUUACCUAUCGAAUUGACGGAGCCGAUGCCUGGUACCUCGGGGAAGGCGACUUGCACACGGAUUAUGAUGACAUGGGUGUUUAUGUCGAUCUCAACCUCCAGACCCAUCCAGACGCAAGGUCAACUCCAGGCCACUGCAUGUACUCCAUGACCAUCUACCCCAGCAAGGCAUUUGAAGACGACUACAAGACUUCCACACCCGGCAUUUUUGCAGCCGUGGUCGCUGGAACCUUUCUCAUGGUCGCCGUCGUGUACUUUAUCUACGAUACCACGGUCCAGAACCGAAACGAAAUGAUGAUCAACAAUGCGGCCCAGUCCAAUGCCAUUGUGUCUUCCUUUGUUCCGGAUCAUCUUCGUGACCGAAUCCUCCAAGACAAAAAGGAACGGCAAGCAGGGGGCUUUAAGAAGCACGGGUCGCUCAAAAUGUUUCUUAAUGAUGGCAAGGGUGGCAAUGUCGAUGCAGGCAGGCCACUGGCCGAUCUCUUCUUGAACUCGACCGUUCUCUUUGCGGAUAUCAGUGGAUUCACUGCCUGGAGUUCAGUGCGGGAACCAAGCCAAGUCUUUACCCUGCUCGAGACACUGUUCCAAGCGUUUGACAAGGUGGCCAAGAAGAGGCGCAUUUUCAAGGUGGAAACAGUUGGAGACUGUUACGUUGCCGUCAGCGGAUUGCCCGACCCGAGACCUGAUCAUGCCGUUGCCAUGGCUCGCUUUGGACGCGACAUUCUGGCCAAGAUGAGGGUGCUCACCAAGGAACUCGAAGUCGUGCUGGGGCCUGACACUGGUGACUUGGAGCUUCGCAUAGGGAUGCACUCCGGUCCAGUUACGGCUGGAGUGUUGAGGGGAGAGCGUACGAGAUUCCAGCUCUUUGGAGACACCAUGAACACAUGUAGCCGUUUGGAGAGCUCCAGUGAACGUGGCCGCAUCCAUUGCUCCAAGGAGACUGCCGACCAUAUCAUCAAGGAUGGCAAUGGCCACUGGAUCCAUAAGAGGACCGACAACAUUGCAGCCAAAGGCAAGGGAAGCCUCGAGACUUUCUGGGUGAUUGUCGAAGGGGAAAGGGCUGCCACUAUUGCAUCGGCAGUGUCAUCAAACGAGAUGGUCACCACAAGCAAGUUUGCUCCUUCGGUUCCAUUCUUAGACGAAAGGACCAACCGGCUCAUUGACUGGAAUGUAGAGAUGCUUCUUCACCUCUUGAAGCCGAUUGUUGCUAGGCGCACUCCUGCGAACGCUCCCAAGAAGGGCAGCUCCAAAAAGGGCGCUUCUUCUAGCUGCGAGACAACCGGAGUCAAGCUUGGAGCAACGCCUCUGGAAGAAGUCAGAGAGAUCAUCACGCUGCCUGAGUUCGACGAGAAGGCAGAGCAAGAGCAGCAACAGCCCGAGGAAGUUGAGAUCCCCCAAGAGGUGGAACAGCAACUACACCACCUUGUCAGCAAGAUUGCCAGCAUGUACAAUAACAAUCCUUUCCACAACUUUGACCAUGCCUCCCACGUUGUCAUGAGUGUGAUCAAGUUGAUGAGUCGCAUCGUGGCUCCAUCUCACCUCGACGAGGAUGCUGCAGACAAGGCGCUUCACGAUCACACCUACGGAAUCACAAGUGACCCGUUGACCCAGUUUGCCUGUACAUUCUCUGCAUUGAUCCAUGAUGUGGAUCAUGUGGGAGUAUCCAACGCUCAGUUGGUCAAGGAAGAGGUUCCACUGGUGGAUCGUUACGGAGAACGAAGUGUGGCAGAACAGAACUCUUUGGAUUUGAGUUGGGAUUUGCUAAUGGAUCCUACGUAUGACACUCUACGAGCCUUCUUGUUCCCUACAAAGUGCGACAUGGUUCGAUUCCGUCAACUUGUGGUGAACUCCGUCAUGUCCACUGACAUUGUGGAUAAGGAAAUGAAGAAACUCAGAAAUGACAGAUGGGACAAGGCCUUCAAGAAUGGGGACAAUGCCAACUUUGUUGACGAGAACCCAAGGGAUGAAGUCAACAGGAAGGCAACCAUUGUUAUUGAACACAUCAUCCAAGCCAGUGACAUCAGUCACACUAUGCAACACUGGCAUGUCUAUAGAAAGUGGAAUCAAAACUUGUUUGAGGAGCUUUACGUUGCUUACCUCAAUGGAAGAACUGCAAAAGACCCUGCAGAAUUUUGGUACAAGGGAGAGUUUGGAUUCUUUGACUUCUACAUCAUCCCCUUGACACAGAAGCUUAGGGACUGUGGUGUCUUUGGUGUAUCUAGUGGGGAGUACUUGGAUUAUGCAACCAAGAACAGGGCCGAAUGGGAGGCCCACGGCGAAGAAGCAGUUGCACAAAUGAUCAAGGAAGCACGUGAAAAGUAUGGUGUGCCCGGGGACAUCAAGGAGGCUGCGCUGCAGGUAAACCGCAUGCCCCGUCCUAUGCGCGAACUUUCACAGCCUCUUGAAGCGGCCGCGGCUUCUGCGUCUGUGGAAGUUUCAGAGCAGGCUCUUCCUAUGAAGAAACCCAAGUCGAGUAUUCCUUCACCUCCACCGCCACGAGUGUCUUGGGGCAGUCCCGAGGCGAGUAUUCCUCCACCUCCACCGCCACGAGUGUCUUGGGGCAGUGCAUCUGUCAGCAAUUUUAACAAAGUUGUCGAGACACAGAUCGAAUGUUGA